AUGGAAGAUUUAGACAGUGGUAACAUACAGAUACAGGCAGGAGGUGAUGCAGCUGGCAAGUCAGAAUCACAGACGACCUCAAAGCCAACAUGUAUAAUUGUUCUAGGAAUGGCAGGUUCCGGAAAGACAAGUUUUGUUCAGAGAUUGACGGCACAUCUACAUACAAAGAAAUCUCCACCAUAUGUUAUAAAUCUGGAUCCUGCAGUUCUUGAAGUUCCAUUCCCAGCAAACAUUGACAUCAGGGACACAGUCAACUACAAGGAAGUUAUGAAACAUUAUUCUUUAGGUCCCAAUGGUGGGAUAGUGACUUCUCUGAACUUGUUUGCCACACGUUUUGAUCAGGUGAUGAGUUUCAUAGAGUCCAAGACAGGAGAAUGCAAGCAUGUCGUUCUAGACACCCCAGGCCAGAUUGAAGUCUUUACCUGGUCGGCAUCUGGCAGUAUUAUCACUGAGUCUUUGGCAUCAACGUUUCCAACAGUGGUUGUGUAUGUGAUGGACACCCCACGCAGUGUGAACCCAGUGACCUUCAUGUCCAACAUGUUGUAUGCCUGCAGCAUCCUGUACAAAACCAAGCUUCCGUUCGUCAUUGUCAUGAAUAAAAUAGACAUCAUAAGCCACACUUUUGCCCAAGAAUGGAUGACUGACUUUGAAGCCUUUCAAGAUGCCCUGGAACAUGAGACCUCCUAUGUGUCUAACCUCACACGCUCAAUGAGCCUGGUGCUUGACGAGUUUUAUAUGAACAUUAAGACUGUCGGCGUGUCAGCAGCCACAGGCGAGGGAGUUGAUGAGUUUUUAAAUAAAAUUGAUGAGGCCACAGUUGAGUAUGAGAAAGAGUACCGACCUAUGUACGAGAGGCUGAGGCAGGAAAACACUGAGGCUGAGAAACGGCAAAGCCGAGAAGAGUUUGCCAAAGACCAUACCCAGUUAAAGGUGCCCCCAGUACAAGAAUCAGGAGAUCUUGUGAGUUCAGUGACAAAAGGUGUGGCUAUCAUGCCAGGGGUGGAAGAUGACAGCGAUGAGGAGUUUGCCUAUGGCCGGGCUGUUGAUGAUGAUGAUGCAGACCAAGACCCUGGUGAGAGAUCCUUCCGUCGUUAUUUAGAUGCAAGACGACAGCAGCAAGCAAAGAAAGUACUGACAAAGACAGAGAAAUCAUAG